UUUAUGUUGUGAAUUAGCGGCAGAUACAAAAAUGCAGCUGAAAAAAGCUUGUAGGUGUGACAUAGAAGCUACUACAGUUAGCCACAAGCGUCCUGCUCCGCUUCAUUCUGAUGCGUUCGCGUGCACACAAAUAGAUCCAUAUAUGUCUUUGUUUUCCUUAUCCGAGCUGGCAUCUAGAUCAAAACUGUAAGGCUGGAUAUCUCAAAUAUUGCUCACCAUUUUUGCUGAACCAAUAACUGGGGUUGGGUGACCACUGGGAAUGCUUUUACAAUGUGCAUGUUUAAUAACCCUUGUGCGAUUCUAGGUAUAUAUGUUGACGUUGAGAGUGGGGUCAUCUGGACCCUAGAAGACAGUGUGCUGAACUUUUUUUUCUCAGAAGCUGUUGGAUUAUCUAAGAUUCCUAUCCUUUUCCUUCAUCAAAUGUCUUAAGACAAUAAUUAUUUAUGCUUUUGACAAGUGCAGACUCAAAUAUUUGACCUUUGCAUUAAUCAGCCUCUGUAAACACUAUUUAAUUUGCAAUAAUCAGUCUCACAAUAUCAAGAUGUCUGUCAGAGAUAUCUUAAGUGUGCAUGUCAUCCAAAUUAUGAGGUGGAUCUUUACACAGAGGUCGAUAUAAGAUUACAUUUCAGUCUAGUUUUACAUGGUAUCAUCAGGUGCGUCACAAAGUAGUUAAGUACAUCUUACUUACUAAGCCAGACAUAUCAAGUACCAUAGGUCAAAAACAGGUUGGGUCAUUUAGAAAAAUAAUGAACUUCUCAAAAAAGGAUAAAGUAGUUCUCUUAGUGUGUAAUUUGGUCAUGCAUUAUUUUAUUACUGUCCACACACAACUCUGCAAACAAUUAAAUAAAUCUUGCACAUAAAAGGAUACAACUAGCUGUUUUCCUUAGUUUUCAUCCUCUUGAGCACAGUUUGCAAGCCUAGUCUUAGUGUACAAAUUAGUGGAGAGUGCAAAGCUGGAAGCAUUAGACUUCCAGGUGAGCUAUUUAUAAACUUAAAGAAUGAGUUUCCAGGAAGCAGGACUGUCGACAAAAAUUCCCAUUCAUCUGGGGGAUGUUGUCUUGAAGUGAAGUCGUGGCAUCUGGACUCAAGUCUGUUUUCUUGAAAUGUUUCAACACAUGUAAUUAACAUCAUAUCAGUUAUCAAUAGGUUUUAUUUUAAAGAUUUAUUAUUACAAAUCACUUGUUAAAAGUAAAAAAGAAAAAAAAAACUUGUGUUGUAAAGUCUUGUGAUACAUGCCCGAUAAAUAAAUGUAAUAAUGUAUUUUGCUUUAAAUAGAGUUUUGUUUUUUUUUUUUUUUUUUUUUUUUUACUUUACUUUAAAAACCACAGUGUGAAAAAUUAUGAUUAAUCUGAUCUUUUUUAUCUGUAAAAUUAUCUACUCACAAGAAAGUGCUUAUUACAUUGGUCAUUUCUAAACUGUUAAAAACUAAGCCAAAUGAAAUAUCUUAAAUAAUCAAGAAGUUUUAGACAAUUAACAUAUAAAUUCAAUUGUACUACUUUUUUUCCCCUUACUAUUAAAUUUGUUUCUAUUGGAAGGCAUUUUUUUAAUCAAUCAAGAAUGUACAUAGUUUAAUAAAGGUUGAGAGCCACUGUUACAGUAGUAUCUUCAGUAUUUCCGGUUUCCUCAGUCCUGCUUCUGUUCCCGGCUUCUGAUUGGCUGCUCCCGGACUGGAGUUACCAUGAGCCACUGGGCAGUGCCCGGCUGAACAUUUACCUGCGGAUGUUGACUUGGCAAAAAAGCUAUGUUCCUGAAGAUGCCAGUGACGUCACACUAAGUGGCAUUGCCAUGUUGCCAGGAGUCGGUGUGUUUGGCACCGGGAGCACAGCCAGAGUGCUGGUCCCGUUGUUACAAGCUGAAGGCUUCGAAGUUCAUGCACUUUGGGGACGCAGUGAAGAGGAGGCGUGCGGCCUUGCAAAAGAACUGGGCAUCCCGUUCCACACCAGCCAGUCUGAUGACGUCCUUCUACACCAAGACGUUGAUCUUGUUUGCAUCUAUAUUCCUCCUUCAAUGACGAAACAAAUUGCUGUCAAAGCACUGGGUAUAGGUAAGAAUGUGGUUUGCGAGAAAGCUGCCACUGCUGUGGAUUCUUUCAAAAUGGUGACUGCAGCCAGAUACUACCCCCAGCUGCUCAGCAUUAUGGGUAAUACCCUGCGCUUCCUGCCUGCUUUUGUUGAAAUGCGCCAGAGGCUGCUCGACGGAUAUGUCGGUGAAAUACAGGUCUGUGAUGUCCGGGUCUACGGGCCAAGCCUUCUGGAUCAUUCAUAUGGCUGGACGUGUGAGGAGCUGAUGGGAGGAGGGGGGCUGCACACUGUUGGCUCUGCCAUAAUUGACCUUUUAAGCUACCUGACCGGCACACGAGCUCACAGGGUGCACGGUCUGACGCGCACUUUCAUGCAGCAAAACAGCUUGAUCCGAGGCAUCCGCCGCGUCACCAGCGAUGACUUCUGUUUCUUCCAGUUGUUAAUGGGCGCAACAGGGUCGGGUGGUGUCUGCUGCACUGUGACGUUGAACUUUAACAUGCCCGGGUCAUUUGUGCAGGAGGUAAUGGUAGUUGGAUCCACUGGGAGGCUGGUUGCCAGAGGCACAGAUCUCUAUGGUCAGCGCAAUGGGAGUAAGGGGGAAGAGCUGUUGCUAGGAGGAAACGGGUGGCUGGGACCGGAGGUGAAAGAGAUGCCCCUGCCUCACCUCCAUGGACUGAGCUCCAUGGUAAAAGCACUGAGACAGUCUUUUCAGGCUCACGAAGAGCGCCGAUCGUGGGAUCAAAGACCCGUUGCAAUGGCGUCCACUUUCGAAGACGGUCUGUAUGUGCAGACUGUGGUCGAGGCCGUGAAGAAGUCCAGCAGCACUGGAGAGUGGGUGUCUGUGGAGAUCAUGAGCAAGGAGCCAGAUCCAAACCAGAACCUCUGUGAGGCUCUUCAGAGAAACAAAAACUGAGAUAAUUUAUUCACCCAGACUUGCAGGUGUGACGGAACUCGGCUCUGAAUAUUUUUCCUAAAUUCAGCCGUCUGUGCCGUUUACAUCCCACUUGACUACUUUGUACGUUAUAGCUCUUUUAUUUUGUCAAGCAACAGCAUGUUUUGCUGUUAUUUGUAUUUACACUAAAUUUGUAUACGACAGCUCCAUUAUUUGGAUUCUGUUCGGAAAAUAUUGCUUAGUUUCAGUGUCAACAUCAACCUUAGCCAGAAUGGCCAAAAAUAUUUGCUUUACAUAACACUAAAACUACGCGUACAAGAAACAUUGAUCCGUGAAAUACCAAAUAGCUGACUCCAUAUUUGCUCCCAUUUAAUUAAAACUGCUUAAAUGUUCUUCAAAACCAGUUAUUAGUGAGUCACUGGAUCAUUUUAGUUGGUUUAGCAUGUUUGAUUCAACUGGAUUAUGACAGCAGAAUAUAGUUGAACUGUGAGAUUAUAUUUAGCAUAAAAUGUAGACUCUUUCAUGUUUCAAUCAGAUAAUAGCUGUUUUAAAAACACUCUAUUUUACUAAAAGGGAGUGUUUUUCUCAGGUAUAAAUGUCGGUUUGACUCCCAAACCCCUGUUAUUCUGGCGGCACUUGAAAAGUUUUUCAGUUCAAGUUAAACUAGUGCAGAAUGGGAAUGAUGGAGCCGUCAACGGUUUACCUGUCCUAUUUUUCUUUGAUUGUUCUGUUUUUAUGGUUGAAUACUUUUUUGUUUUGCUGUCAUGCUGAGUCAUGACCCACAUCAAUACCAGGGAUUGUCUAAAAUAAGCUAAGUGUAAGUCAUACAUAUCUUAUUUGUUGCAGCAUCCCCAGAAUGAGCCAGGUGACAUUUGGAAAUUGUUUUCAUGAUUAAAAAUUGUCCUUGAAACUAGACCUUUAGUUUGAAUAUGUAACCAUUUGACAACUCAGUGAAAGAUUUGUUUACAUUUGUUUUGACUAAAAUUAUUUAAAAGAUCCGAUUUAUGCAAUAAAAAUGAUUGCAGAUGUGAAAGGAGUGUUAAGGCUGGCACAAAGCGUUUAACCCUCUGGAAUGUUUUUGUUCGUUUUGCUUGUUUGUUUUCUGAGUAGAAUCACUGGAUUUAACCCUAAAUGAGUACCCCGACUAUUGAAUUGUUACAUUCACUCACUGCAUUUCACUUGUUCUCACUAAUAUUGGUCCUAAAAUCAAGCCUAAGUCAGAACUCUUACGGUGUUGAAAGCAGAAAUAGGAAGUACUGGUUUGAAUUGAUGGAUUUGCCCUUACAAGUUUAGUGCUUACCUCAACAGUGCUUUACAUAAAACACACGUUUACAUCUACUGUCUUUGAAAACACUCAACCUUUCCCUGUAGAAUGCAUCACUACUAAAAUACAUUCCAUUAUUAUUAACCAACUUUUUAUUUUUGCACUGAAAGAUGCAGCCUAUUUAUGGAACGGCGGCACCGGCCAGCUUGCUCAAAAAGUUGAAUUUAAUUUAGAGAAAGACGUUUUUUUAUUUAUUUAUGAGAUGUUGAACAAUAGUUUCUAUUGUCUGUUCUGUCUGGUGUUUGUGUUUCAGCCUGUGACUUCAUUUUAAGCUGCAAUAUUUAUCUUUUUUUGUUCUUUUUGACAUUCAGAAUUUUAACAAAUGUGACUUCAGCACUAAUUUUGCAUUAAAGUUUGGACUGUACUGCUUAUGUGUUUCUGAUCAUUUCUUGGAAUAAAAGCCUUUUUUGUCA